UGCUUGUAUUACAACAUAAAUGGAAGAUCUAAUUUGUGUUCAUGUUUGUAAGAGGUUGUAUUUGGAUGUCUCGUCGAUCAUAAUUUCCGUGGUUUUGUAUAAAUUUGUUAACAAUGAUAUUUUUAGUAUCAUAAUUUCUUUUUUCAUUUAACAAACAGUGUAAGAUAUGGAAUUUGUUUGUCUAAAGCGCGGAAAAAAUCGGAGGAAGAGGAAAAAUUUGAAAAAGCAACGUCGUGAACAAAUAAAAUUUGAGGUUAAGUUUGCUAAACGUCGAGGAUUUAUUUCAGAAAGUAAUAAUAGUUUUGUUGCUAGAGAAAAGUUAAUUGUCAAUACGAUGCAAGCUAAUUCUUUUUGGGAAAAUUAUACAGCUGCUCAAGAAUGGCAAAAAAGACAUAGCAUAACUUGGUGGAGGACUCGAUGUAUUGCUUUGGAAUAUGAAAAUCAAAUAUUAAGAGAUAAAUUGAAAUCUUUGAUACCAAGAAUUUGUAAUCAAAAUGAUCAGCAGCAUGACUCGCAUAAAAGAAAAAGGAGUGGAUAUAAACAUCAGGAUGUAAUAGAAGAAUGUGAAGAUACUAGAUCUAACGAAGAAGCAGAAAAUUUAGAAUUUCAUGUAGAUGAAGAAAUGAUGAGUUUUCUAGAACAAAGUAUGAGACAUAAAUUUGAAUUGAGAAAAUUAAGAGAAUCAGAAACACUUACUAAGAAAAGAGAAGAGGAAGAAGAAAAUAUAAGUAUCCAAGGUGGAGCUGCAUGGAUGCAAGCAAGAAAUAGUAAUGCAAAAUUAUUAUAUGGCGAAGCUAGCUCUACGAUAUUAGCAAUGGAAACUGCUCUUCAAGCUACAGUUGAUAGACACAAAGAUAAAGCAAAGCCUCAAUAUUGGCCAAUCAUUCCUUUAAAACCAUAGACAUAAAGAUCACGUACAUUUAAAUAUAUAUUAUGUAAAGAAUUAAAUAUAAUGAUAAUUUUUCAUGAUAA